AUCGCCUGCAGGUUACGUCAGGGAACGAUUUCUAUAGUCGGCUGGGUCCUGAAUCAUGUUAACAGUGUUUAAAAACACAGUUAAAACGUUUCCAGUCGAGGUCACAGAAUCUGACAGGUCACAAAAAACACCGUAACACCGGCUCCAGCAUCCGGGUGACAGCAGAGCGCAGACUCAAUCCCCGCUGCAGUUCACUGCGUUUCCGUAGCCAGUGUGCUACCCGCUGAGCCCUGACCGGGGAAACAGCUCACGGAAACGAUUGAUCCCGGUCGAAUAAAGACCGAAAAAGCUGGCGACAUAAAUGGCGGAUCGACACUGAUAUCGGAAAGGACUCGCUGAAUCAAUGUUCGUGACUCGGGUGCCCUCGGAGAGCGCGCUGCCAGCAACACCCCGCGUGACAUGUGAGAUGUGUACAGAAAGAUAUUAACUGUGCGUUAUUUCGGCUAGCUAGCUAGCUAGCAGCUACCACCCGCACGCACGUACGUACACCCACACACACACACAGACACACACACAUACAGAGAGUGUCACUCUCUCACACAACACGCACACGUACACGCAAGCACGCGCGUCUCUAUCCAAUUUAUGGUAGCUCGCGUGAUCUGUUUUGGUCCACCGACUGAACCGGAGUGAAAAUGAAGAAGUUUAACAUUAGAAAGGUGCUGGACGGCUUGACAGCGGCUUCUUCCUCCUCCUCCACGUCCUCCUCCGCGACUGCCCAGCCGGGUACUGCCCGGGAGAACGAUGCUGUCCACGAGACUCUCCAGUCGGAGCAUUUUCAGCUUUGCAAGACUGUGCGUCAUGGCUUCCCAUAUCAACCAUCCUCGAUGGCCUUUGACCCCGUGCAGAAAAUCCUGGCCGUCGGGACUCAGACCGGAGCUUUGAGGCUCUUUGGCCGUGCGGGAGUGGAGUGCUUCUGUCAGCAUGAGAGCGGUGCGGCUGUCAUCCAGCUGCAGUUCCUGAUCAACGAGGGGGCGCUGGUGAGUGCCUUAGCCGACGACAGCAUCCACAUGUGGAACCUGAGGCAAAAAAUCCCUGCAAUCCUGCAUUCUCUCAAGUUCAACAGGGAGAGAAUCACAUACUGCCACCUGCCCUUCCAGAGCAAAUGGCUUUACAUCGGCACAGAAAGAGGAAACAUCCACAUUGUCAACGUGGAGUCCUUCACUCUCUCAGGCUACGUCAUCAUGUGGAACAAAGCAAUCGAACUAUCCACCAAGACCCACCCAGGGCCUGUUGUGCACAUCAGUGAUAACCCCAUGGAUGAAGGAAAGCUUCUGAUUGGAUUCGAGUGUGGGAUAGUGGUGUUGUGGGAUUUGAAGUCCAAAAAAGCUGACUGCCGCUACAAUUAUGACGAGGCGAUCCACUCAGUAGCCUGGCACCAUGAGGGUAAACAGUUUGUCUGCAGCCACUCUGAUGGCACGCUGACCACAUGGAAUAUACGAGUCCCAGCCAAGUCUGCACAGAUCAUCACACCACAUGGAAAGCAGCCCAAGGAUGGAAAAAAGCCAGAGCCAUGCAAGCCGAUCCUGAAGGUGGAGUACAAAACAACAAGGGUUGGGGACCCGUUCAUGGUCCUGUCUGGAGGCCUGUCCUACGAUACGGUGGGGAGGAGAGCCUGUCUGACUGUGAUGCACGGAAAGAGCACCGCCGUCCUGGAGAUGGACUACCCCAUCGUGGACUUCCUGACGCUGUGUGAAACUCCAUAUCCAAACGACUUUCAGGAGCCUUAUGCUGUGUUGGUCCUCCUCGAGAAGGAUUUAGUUUUAAUAGACCUCGGACAGAUUGGGUACCCGAUAUUUGAGAAUCCAUAUCCUCUGACUAUCCACGAGUCACCGGUGACCUGCUGUGAAUACUUCGUUGACUGUCCGGCUGAACUUAUUCCUGCACUUUACUCAGUCGGCAGCCGGCAAAAGAGACAAGGUUACAGCAAGAAGGAAUGGCCCAUUAGUGGAGGAAACUGGGGUCAAGGCACUCAGAGCUACCCAGAGAUUAUAAUCACUGGACAUGCAGAUGGGUCGAUCAAAUUUUGGGAUGCUUCUGCAUUAAUGCUUCAGGUGCUCUACAAGCUGAAGACGGCCAAGGUUUUUGAGAAGGCUCGCAGUAAGGAGGAGAAGGCCAACACAGAUAUAGUAGAGGAGGACCCGUUUGCUAUCCAGACGUUGUGCUGGUGCCCUGAGAGCAGAAUGCUGUGUGUCGCCGGGGUGUCCGCCCAUGUUAUCAUCUAUCGGUUCAGCAAACAAGAAGUCACCACUGAAGUUGUGCAGCUUUUGGAAGUGCGGAUGCAAAGUGAGUUUAGCAAUGGGGACUCCCCUGAUCCGGCAGGAGAGCAGACCCCCACCCUGCCCAACCCGGGAGCGUCCCCCAGCCCUCAGGAGAGUGAGCCGCCCACUCAGCCCCAAACAGGAAGCAACUCCUCCGACGGACCCAGGGACAAUAUUGCAUGCCUUCAGGUGCGAAGCUCCCCGCUGAAGCAGUCUCCGGGCUACCAGGUGGAGCUGGUGAUCCAGCUGGUGUGGGUGAGCGGGGAGCCUCCUCAGCCAAUCACCAGCCUGGCUAUCAACUCCUCCUACGGCCUCGUGGUGUUUGGCAACAGUAAUGGUCUGGCUGUGGUCGACUAUCUCCAGAAAACUCUGCUCCUCAACAUGGGCACAUCGGAGCUGUACAGCCCAUCAGACCCCUACCACAGGCAGCCUCGCUCCCCGCGCAAAGUGCGUCAGUCCUCCGGAGCGACCUGUGAUUCAAACGACGGGUCCAACACCUCAGAGGACCGCUGCAAAUCUCCUACUUCAGGAUCUACUUCGCCUUGCAAUUCUGAUGAUGAACGAAAACAGAGGUUCAUAGAGAAGGUGAAGUUCAAAAGCAGACGCUUUUCCAAGACGGUUGCCAAUGACUUUGCCAAGAUUUCACGGAAAAUUAGCUCGUCUAGCGAGCAAAAGACUGACCUGGCAAAGGAGAGGUCCAAACAAUGGCACUCUCUAACACGUAAGAAGCCCACUUGUUGCCUGAACCAAGUCGGGGCGGCAGCCAGGAUGACCCCGAAGGGCCCCGUCUGUAGAACUGAAUCAGCCCCCAACUUCUAUGCCAAGGAUAACUCAUUCACCCGCUCACGUAGUUCAAGUGUGACCAGCAUAGAUAGAGAAUCUCGAGAGUCCAUCUCCGCCUUUCACUUCUGUGAGAGUUACCCCAGGAAGACGGACAGCGUGGUCAGCCCCUGUCUGCUGGUGGGCACCACCCAGGGCACUGUGGUGAUGGUGGCCCUCAGCCUGCCGCCCGGUGUGGACCAGAGGCUGCAGCAACCAGUCGGCAUCUCCUCUUGUGGCACCAUGGUCACACUCAAAGGAGGCAUUUUGACCAUGGCCCUGUUGGACGCCACUGGAGCUCUGCUGCCCCCUUCCUUUGAGUCUUGGUACGACCCAAAUUCUUCAGACGAGGAGAAGGAGAAGAGCCGGAGGCGCAGGCCAGCCUCCCCUCCCUCGUCUCAGGAGGGUCCGGAUGCCCAGUACGCUGUUCUGUGCUCGGAGAAACAGGCCAAGGUGGUGGCCAUGCCCUCCCAGACCCGCGUCUACAAGCACAACAUCACAGAGUCCUCCUUCGUGCUGAGGGCUGAUGUUGUGCAGAUGGCCGGGGCGUACUGCAUCGCCUGUUUCUGUGCUAACGGGCACAUCAUGACCCUGAGUUUGCCCAGUCUACGGCCACUGCUGGACGUGAACUACCUGCCGCUGACGGAUAUGCGGAUAGCCAGAACGUUCUGCUUCUCCAACCUGGGUCAGGCCCUGUACCUCACCUCGCCCACUGAGAUCCAGAGGAUCACCUAUAGCCAGGAGACCUGCGACAAUCGGCAGGAGAUGCUCAGUGAGCUAUUUACCCCUGUGGAGACACCAGAGGCUCCUAACAGAGGUUUCUUCAAAGGCCUGUUUGGGGGCGGAGCUCAGUCUCUGGACAGGGAGGACCUCUUUGGGGAAACAGGUGCUGGUAAGGCCUCCCGUAGCCUGGCCCAGCAUAUCCCUGGCCCGGCGGGCAUGGAGGGGAUGAAGUGUGCAGCGUCUGGCGUUGUUGGAGAUCUGGCUCGUGCACGGAUAGCUCUGGAUGAGAGAGGGCAGAAACUGGGGGAGCUGGAAGAUAGAACGGCCGCCAUGAUGGCCAGCGCAGAUUCGUUUUCCAAACAUGCUCAUGACAUGAUGCUGAAGUACAAAGAUAAAAAGUGGUACCAGCUCUGAUGGCAGCGUGUGGAGCUUUUGGACUCUAAUCAUCAGUAUCACUCCAUAUCCUCCAUUUCUCUCCACGGGGGGUUCUGAUCCACAGACUCUUGCUUCUGUUCUCAGCACAAUAUCACACACCCUGCAUUACCUCAGCCACCAGAGGACCGCCGCAGAGGAGACGCCGGCCGACCCAAUUAAUGAAGGAUGGAAAGUAACGGAAGAAGAAAAGCUUUCCAUUUCACCUGAGAGCGAUGAUGUAACUUUUUUGCAGAGCAGGAGAGAGGUGACCUUUCAUAUCCAUCAGUCAUGCAGUCAAAUAUAUAUAUAUAUAUAUAUAUAUAUAAACACACACCGCUGUUUUGUUCUGAAAAAGGAAAAGACAAGUCUUGUGGUGGCCUGAUAGCAAUUGUUAUUUUUUGCUUUCGCUGACCUUAAUGAUGUCUGUUAAACAAAGUUGACUUAAAUGAGGAUAAAAGUCUGACUCGUUGUGCUUCAUGUCUAAUGAAGUCAAUGAAGAUGUCUGUUUCUGUGGGAAUGAUUGAAAUUGAUGAAGGACUCCUGUGUGUUGGGUUUCUCCUUUAAACAUCUACAAAUUAUCCAUUUACCUGUUUGUCCGGAAAGGGCCUUUCCAGCACCGUUAAAAACUAGACCGGGAGAUGAUCCGUCUAUUGCCUCUCACCAAAUAAGGGCUGGUAGUACAGUAGUUCAUCACCAACCAUUCCUUUUCACAAAUUGUUUUACGUUAGCAAGACAAAUUUUUGUUUUCUAAAGAUCCCUUUAUUUUUUCUGAUUUUGGAUUGGUUUAUUUAUUGGAACUGUAUAACAUAUGAAGUCAUAGAAAUAAUGUUUUUCCUUUUUCUAGUAUUAAAUGCGCAAAAGAAAAUGCUGACAAUGUUUUCCCCUGUUGAAGAGUUUACACAAAAAGUGAAGAGUUGAUACACUGGAGAACCUCUGAAGGUCUUCUGUCUUUCAAGGGGUUGUAGCUGAGAUGUAUAAGAAGAAAGCUGUGUUGAAGGGCAAUGCAAAGAUUGUCUUUGUUAUGAUUAGUAAAUGUAUAUUUUGGUUAAAAAUAUUUUUUUGUGAUAAAGAUUCUACUAUACACAAUUAUUCACUUAUUUUUAUGGCAUUUUGAAUUUUGUCGCCACUGUUUUUGGUCUUGGUUCUUGAUUUGAGGGGGAAAAAAGCCUGUGUCGCUGACAGCAAAAUGGAAAUUGGUAACUGCUGUCCUGUUAUUCAUAGCUGCCAGUAGAAAUGACCAAGAGUGUUACCUGCAGUUCCACUGGUCAUCUCUCUCUUCACUUUAGAACUGUUUCUCUUCUGCCUUUGCCUCAUGUGUAUGGCCACCAAUAUUUAUAAUUCUACAUAGUGUAUUACAAUGGGUUUUUGUUUUUGCUUGACAAUGUUUUUCAAUGUGGUUAACUAGAAUUAUAUUGUACUCAAAUUUAUUUUUCAGGAGAUGCCAGGAUAUGCUGCUAAUCGUGUCAAUGUAGGAGCAUUAUCGGUUGGUCUUUUAUUUGGAAAAACGGAGGCAAUUCCGUCCAGAUUUCUGCCAAAUGUUGUAAAUAACGGGACAGCUGGACACAAAUCUGACAGCGCGGGUUCAGGCAACGUGACAUACGGCCAUGUUCUUUUCCGACACCAAAGAGUUGCUUAAUUUCACAGAGUUGUCUUGAUUUUUUUCCUAAAAUGGCAAGAGUCGGUCUCCAUGCUACGGUUGACACUCUGAAGUCAAGAAGUCUACUUAGAUUCUUAUGGGCAUGCCACACUCAUUACUCAAUCUGCUGUACAUGUGUUCAGGAAGGAAGUGAAUAUGAAGACCUUUAUUCCAAAGUGAGAUAAUCUGUCUCUGAAACUGACUCAUGAAAAAAUGGUUGCAAGCAUGAAGUUAGUUUUCCGCCAUUUAGUUAGAUUUUAGACUUUUGAGUCCUGAAUACAGUUGAGUCUUUAGUUGUGACACAUGUUGAUGGAUGAAUGCGUCUUGGAAGGAAACCCUUUACUUUGAGCUGGCUGAUUUGAACCUGCUCUACUGUGUACUGCUGAGGUAAACCCAUCUGAAAUAGCAGUUAUGUGGGUUUUGCACUAUUUCUUUGUACAUAAAAUAAUUUAGUGUUUAUUUUUCUCUGUUCAGUUUUCUUAUUUUUGAAAGGACCAAAACAUGACAGUACCUAUGCUUAUCUGUCAUUUGCCAAUUAUGCCGAUAGAUUCAAGAUUUGUUUUCAAUGUCAGGUUAAUGAUACUAUGAUAUAUUUAUAUAUUUGAAAACAUAUACUUUUAAUUUCAACAAUCUAUUAAAAUUGAUACCUUUAAUAUUCUUCCGAAUAGAAUAACUCACUAAUGUCCAAACUAUUGGUGUGCGUAAUGAUCCAUCCCCCAUACAUGAGACUAAACAUUGUCUGGUUCUAUGUUAAACAAGCCCCUCCCAAAUUCAAACUGCAGAAUUCUUUAUUCAAAGCCGGGUCUCGACUUUCAAGUGCUUAAGUUUGCAACAUAUAUGGUCUUAUUGCACAUUGAAGGUUGCAUGAUAUUAAGUGUUUACAAACUUGAAACAACCAUGUAUUAUGUCUGUCUGUUCUGGCAUUUGUAUUUACCACCAUGUUGAACAAAAAUGAAGUUCUCAUCACACGUCAGAAGUUGUCCCAUUUUCUUUCAAUCAUGCCAUUUGUGUAAGUGUAAAAAAUUAUAUUUAUUUUAUUGGUACAUUGGUUUACUGUAUGUUACUCUUUGCUUUGUGGAAACUCUUGCUUUCCCUGCACUGUACAAAAAAGCUAGGCUCACAGCACCGUGCAGGAGAGCUCAAGGGUUUCUCUGUCGCCAUACUCCGAUCUGUCUGUCUUCUGAGAUGAAUAUCUGUUGUUUGCAGUAUUUUCUCAUAGUAGGCAAUUUUUGUACAGUUUUAUUAAAAUAAAUUUCACAUGGAUGUCUGGCUUAAUCUGCUGCCACAAACAAUCUAGACUGUAGAUACAGUAUAUAUAGAUAUUAUUGUGCAAUGGAAAAUAAAUGUAAAAAUCAU